AUGGUCGAUACUGAGAGAACUCGUCAAUUAUUUUCAACACUCAUCCAGAAACCUCCUUUAACUGAUCACCUUCUUCAACGGCCACCAUUCAAAUUUAUACUCGACAUCAUCAAUGCCACCAUUCAAAAUACUGGAUUUCUUCAGGAUACGUUCUCAUCUUCAGAACUUGACUCGUCAACAAUGAAAGAUAAAACGGUGAAAGUGGAAUUCUUACAGAAACUAAUUGUUGCGUUAAAUAAUGAUGGUUCAUUGAAAAGUGUGAAAGCGUCGAAAAUUGUCGCUGGAAAAGAGCCUGAAUUGACGAAUUUAUUGUUACAGAAGUUGGCAGUAGAUGCAAUUGCAUAUCGUAAUCAAGAUAAAGCUAUGCGAGAGGAUGAGAAUGGAGCAGUGAAUAAGCUGAGUAAUGGUUCACUUAAAGAACAGAACGAGAGGGCUGUGCCUAAAGAAAACGCUAAGAAACAUGCAAAACAUCGUGACCGAACUUCUGACAAAUCAUCUUCUCGUAAGAAAACGGAUUCAUCGAACAAUCAAGACAACAGCAUCGCCCAUCACAAAAACGUUUUUCAUCUUGAUUUUCAUUCAUUUCUUAACGCAGCAUUCAUCUUUAGGUCAUCGAAGUCGUCAAAAGAUAAGGACAAAUCGAAGAAGAAGAAGAUGACAGAGAAAAGUAGUCAUGAGGAUGAGCAAGAAAAAAUGAUUAAUGAUUUGAUUGGAAAACGAAAAAGUUCAGUUGAUGAAGGCAAUUUUGAUGACGAUUCUGUUCCUGUGCAAACGAACGCAAUGAUGAAAGAUGCUGGGUCAAAUCGUGUUGAGGAUGAACCAUCUGGAACAGCAAAAACGGAAGACAGUGGUAUAGUUGAUGAUAUGUUAAUCGAGCCUGUUGUUACAACAGCACUGAUACUUGGUGAGCGGAAUACGGAUGAUAAUAAUAACGACAAUGAUGAUGAGGAAAUGAUCGUGGAAGCUGAUGAGCUGACAGUCGAAAACAACAACAGUGAACAUGUUGAUAUCGAUCAACUAGUUUGUGAUGAGCAUGGUGGUCUUGUGAGAAGAAUCAUCGAAACAAAGAAGGAAUUAGAUGCUGGAAUGAUGGCGGAGAAUGCUAGUGACAUGACGACGAGUAUAUUCGGUAUUUCGAACGAUAAUGAUCGCGAAAGAACCAAAAAUGAGGUGAACAAAAUGCAGAAGGCUUUACAACAAUUAACGCAGACCACCCAUCCGUUGGCUAAACUUUUCGAUUAUGUUCAGGAAGACGUUGAUAGUAUGAUAAAAGAAAUGGAUGAGUGGCGAUCAGAAACGAAGAAGAAUACGAUAGAGUUGCGGGAACGAAACGCAUCAUCGAUGAGCAGUGCUGAACGGUUGUUGAUGACUUUGAAAGAGCUGGAUUCUGAGAUAAAACAGAUGCGAGCCAAUAUCGCACACACCAAAGCGAAUAUCCUUGCCAACGAACAAAAAAUUCGAAUGCUCAUUCAAAAUCUUUGA